UAAUUUCCCUAAUAAUGGCGUUUCAGCAAACAAAAUAAGUUUAUUUUCACCUUAUAAAAAAUCACAAAUAUUACAGACAAGCCACAAUAUCAACAUCUUUGUCGCGGCUCAGCUCUCCGGCGAAAAACACAGUUGAAUCUUGGCCAAUCAAACGCCGCCGCCGAUCGGAACCCUCAAAUAUUAGUUCAUCACUGAUCGGUGUCCCCCAGUCGAUCGUUUUCUGCCGUUCUCUUGUAUGAGGUGAGCAAGAUAAUGACAGACAUGCCACGUUAUCUCAGAGAAUGCUUGCACACAGGGAAGCUAGCUUGUUUGGCAAUGUUAGUAUCUGGAGGCAUUGUAUUGCAAAUACUGGCAUGUGCUUUGUACAAUAACUGGUGGCCAAUGUUGACAGUUAUAAUGUAUGUCAUUCUACCAAUGCCUUUGAUGUUCUUUGCUGGUUCAGAUACUUCCAGUCUGUACUCUGAAUCUGGAAGCGGUUGGCUAAAUGCAACUAAGUUCUUGACUGGAGCGUCCACCGUUGGCAGCAUUGCAAUUCCGAUUAUCUUAAAGCAUGCUGGUGUAAUCGGUUGGGGAGCCAUGGCGUUGGAGCUCUCAUCCUUUUUCGUGUUUAUACUGUCCAUCUUGUGUUAUCUUGGGAUGAAUGAAGAGGACGGAUAUAGCAUGCUUUGAAAGUGGUCUUAUGCUUCCUGCUGUAUUUGCGUGCAACAGAAUAUGGAACCUCAACUUCCCAUUCUUGUCAACAUGGUCAUUGUCUGAGUCUCUUGUUAUGUUUUGUAGAUAGAAAUAUUGUUGUCUGUAUAUUAUUGGUUGUGAUAAGUCAACAAAUACCGCACGAGCUUCAUUUGAUGUUUUAUACUUCUUGCAGGAUAAAUUCUUUUUUUGAUUGAAAUUUCGGUUGUGUAAUUGGAAAUUGAAGUGGAAGAAUGAAAAAAGUGUACCAUUUGUGAGAAGAAUGAAUUUCUAUUCAUGACUGAAGGAACUCGUUGAUGUUUUAA